AUGAAUUCCCGCUCUCCGAUUAAUGUCGCCGCAUUAAAGCAUCAAAUCCCGGUCGUUGUUCCCUCUUCACCUUCAUCAACUUCGCCACGUUAUGGGUAUCCGUCGGUGAAGAAGGCACCGGGACACGUGCCAUCACUGCUACAAUUUUCUAUUUCCGUUAACUUUAGGGCUUUGGAUUUGUUGUACAAGCAGACGCUGUUAAAACUCCAGGCGACAGAUUUUGUAGACAUGGCGUGUCAGCUGAUAAAAGAAUGGACUGCAAUUCACCAGUUUCCGGCUGCCACUCAGGAGAAAUUGGUUGACUUACUGGGAAAAUUGAAGAAUGAGAAUGUUAACACUUUGACAAUCCUCGUGAUGGGGAAAGGUGGUGUUGGAAAGUCUUCCACCAUUAAUUCGAUUAUUGGGGAACGAGUAGUAACUGUCAGUGCUUUCCAGUCUGAAACUCCAAGGCCAGUGAUGGUUUCGCGAUCUCGAUCGGAUUUUACACUUAACAUUAUCGACACGCCAGGGCUUGUUGAAGGAGGAUAUGUUAGUGACCAGGUCCUCGAGACAAUAAAAAGCUCCCUGGGCAGGUUCCUUCUGAAUAAGACCAUAGAUGUUCUGCUUUAUGUGGACCGUCUGGAUGCGUACAGAGUGGACAACAUGGACAUGCAGAUUGUGAAAGCUAUUACAGAUAGCUUUGGAAAGGAGAUAUGGCAUAAAGCAGUGGUUGUACUUACACAUGCUCAGCUUGUACCGCCUGAUGCUUUGAGUUAUGAGGACUUCUUCUCCAAACGAUCCGACUCCCUUUUGAAAUGCAUCCGGCUAGGAGCUCGGAUAAGCAGAAUGGAGCUUCAGAAUUUUGCUCUUCCUGUUACGUUGGUUGAGAACAGUGGGAGGUGUAAGAAGAAUGAUAAUGACGAGAAGAUCCUUCCAACCGGAACUCCUUGGAUUCCAAAUCUGGUCCAAACGAUAACAGAUGCCGUCUUAAAUGGAAAAAGCGGCAUUCUUGUGGACAAGAAGUUGAUUGAGGGCCCAAAUGCAAACGACAGGGGAAAGAAAUUUAUACCUCUCAUCUUAGCAGCACAGGCAAGUCUCCUUGUUUCCUCUAUCCCAGUUUCACGUGAUCGUGGAGAAAUGAGUUUUCACGCACUCGAUAGCGUGACGCUAAUACACGUACGUAUUACUGGUGCUUCCAUUGAAUUCGAGUCAUGGGGCACGACGAAGGAUCAUGGUAGCAAAAAUUGGGAACAAUCUCUCACCGCUCAAACUGAGGAACUACCUCCAAAUCGUGGAUAUUCGGUUCGCCUUGAGUUCCUUGUUUCGAUGGCGAAGACCCAUAUUCGUUGGUUUUUCAAAUACAAGAAUAUUUCUCAUUUCAUAAGACCCCAGAUUCACAACGUCUCAAAAUUAGCUCAAGCCCGUUUUGGUGCAUCGCACUUUGAAGAUCCGGAGGGCUGCCUGACAAAACUCACACAACAAGGGUCAGUCGCUGAGUACCAGUCUGAGUUUGAAUCUCUCACGAACCUUGCUAAGGGCAUCGCAGAACCAGUAUUGAUCUCUUUAUUCAUCUCAGGCCUUAAGUUAACAAUUCGUCGGGAUCUCCAGAUGAACAUGCCUUUCACCUUGGAUGAAACUUUUGCUUUGGCUAGAGACUUUGAGUGCAAAUACCUAGAGACGCAGGCUGCGAGUCGCACUUACUCGCGCGGAUUUUCUCGUGGCACAUCUUUUCUAGGUGGUAGCUCCCCCUCUCGGAUGCUAGUACCAGAUCGACGUGAUGGUGCAAUUGCACCGUUAUAA